CAGUGUCAGACUGUCGGCAUUUCUCGUGCAAAAACAUUGCAAAUUGUUAAGAAUUGCACAUAGUGGUGUAAUUAUAAGUUGAUUUAAUAAGUAAUUAGUGCUGUGCACAUUAAACAUGGUUGACGCCUUGGAGUACAAUGACAUAAACGCUGAAGUUCGCGGUGUUUUGUCAUCAGGACGUCUGAAGCUGACCGAGCAGAACAUCAUCUUCAAGAACACCAAGACGGGCAAGGUGGAACAAAUUGCCGCUGAUGAUAUUGAUCUGAUUAAUGCCCAGAAGUUCGUGGGAACAUGGGGACUGCGGAUCUUCACCAAAAGCGGAGCGCUACAUAGAUUCAGUGGAUUUCGCGACAGCGAACAUGAGAAACUGGGCAAGUACAUCAAGGAUGCGUACUCGCAGGAUAUGGUGGAGAAGGAGAUGUGUGUGAAGGGUUGGAAUUGGGGUACUGCACGCUUUAUGGGAUCUGUGCUGAGCUUCGACAAGGAUACAAAGACCAUCUUUGAGGUGCCCUUGUCGCAUGUAUCACAGUGCGUCACUGGUAAGAACGAGGUUACCCUGGAGUUUCAUCAGAACGAUGAUGCACCUGUGGGUUUGUUGGAGAUGCGCUUUCACAUACCGGCCGUGGAAUCGGCUGAUGAGGAUCCAGUCGAAAAGUUCCAUCAGAAUGUCAUGAACAAGGCAUCGGUCAUUUCGGCGUCCGGCGAGUCUAUUGCCAUAUUCCGCGAGAUUCACAUACUGACGCCGCGCGGUCGUUAUGACAUCAAAAUCUUCUCGACCUUCUUCCAGUUGCACGGCAAGACGUUCGACUACAAGAUUCCAAUGGAUUCGGUGCUGCGACUGUUCAUGUUGCCGCAUAAGGACAGUCGACAAAUGUUCUUCGUUCUCUCGCUAGAUCCACCCAUUAAGCAGGGCCAGACGCGCUAUCAUUACCUGGUGUUGUUGUUUGCACCCGAUGAGGAGACCACCAUUGAGCUGCCAUUCAGCGAGGCAGAGCUGCGCGACAAGUACGAGGGCAAGCUGGAGAAGGAGUUGUCUGGCCCAGUCUACGAGGUAAUGGGCAAGGUUAUGAAAGUGUUGAUUGGACGCAAGAUAACUGGACCGGGCAAUUUCAUUGGACAUUCCGGUACAGCUGCCGUUGGCUGCUCGUUCAAAGCUGCCGCGGGUUAUCUGUAUCCAUUGGAGCGUGGCUUUAUCUAUAUUCACAAGCCACCGCUGCACAUUCGCUUCGAGGAGAUUAGCUCAGUUAAUUUUGCGCGAAGUGGCGGCUCAACGCGUUCCUUUGACUUUGAGGUGACUCUCAAAAAUGGCACCGUUCACAUAUUCUCGUCCAUCGAGAAGGAAGAGUAUUCCAAGCUGUUUGAUUUUAUCACACAGAAGAAGCUUCAUGUAAGCAACAUGGGCAAGGACAAGAGCGGCUACAAGGAUGUCGAUUUUGGUGACUCUGACAAUGAGAACGAGCCGGAUGCUUAUCUGGCGCGACUGAAGGCCGAGGCACGUGAGAAGGAGGAGGAUGAUGACGAUGGCGAUGAUUCAGAUGAGGAAUCUACCGAUGAGGACUUCAAGCCCAAUGAAAACGAAUCGGAUGUGGCCGAGGAGUACGACAGCAAUGUGCAGAGCGAUUCGGACGAUGACAGCGAUGCCAGUGGUGGGGGUGGCGGUGGCAGUGGCGGCGGAGGUGACGAUUCUGCGUCUAAGAAGAAGCACAAGGAGAAAAAGCGCGAAAAGAAGGAGAAAAAGGAAAAGAAGCACAAGGAAAAAGAGCGCACGAAAAAACCAACAAAGAAGAAAGACUCCAACAAGCCGAAACGUGCUACCACAGCCUUUAUGUUGUGGCUGAAUGACACGCGUGAGCAGAUCAAGAGCGAUAAUCCGGGCAUAAAGGUCACCGAAAUAGCCAAGAAGGGCGGCGAAAUGUGGAGAGAACUGAAGGACAAAUCAAAGUGGGAAGAAGCAGCUGCCAAGGAUAAGCAACGUUAUCACGAUGAGAUGCGCAACUAUAAACCAGGCGCCGACGCUGGCGACGGCAGCGACGAUGAGCAGAGUAGCAACAACAAAUCGGUGAAGAAACGCAAAUCGGAGCCGUCACCAACGAAAAAGGCGAAUGUAUCGGGCGGUAGUUUCAAGAGCAAGGAAUACAUAUCCGACGAUGAUUCCACUAGCUCUGAGGAAGCCAAUAAGUCCGCCAGUGAGCCAGCGAAGAAAAAGAGCAAAUCAGCAGAAGGAACUGGCAAAAAGAAGGCCAAGGAAAGUGAAAGCGAAGCUGAAGCCACUGAUGAGGAGUCAAACGAAAGCAAUGAGGAAGAUGAUGAUGAUGAGGAUGAGGCCAGCGAUUAGAUAUCAACAUUUCCAUAGACACAAAUACACACUCACA